UGAAUGUCUGAGGAACAGAGUUUAACCUAUGCACUUUGCAGAUGAGUAAACUGAGGCAGUUUAAUGUGUAUGCAUUAACUCUUCCAGUCAGUUUAGUAUUUGGAAGUCACCCACAUAGUGGAACUGAACCAACCUUUCUGCCUUAAAGCACACUAUAUAAAGAGGCACACUGUCACACCAGCAGAAAGAAAAGCCCAAGCAGAGGUCAGGGAAAGAAUGUUUAGAGAGAUUAUGAGAGACAUAAAUGAGGAAACAGUCUAAGAAGGAUACUGUAAUCAACAGCAGCAAAUAAAAGAUUAAAGACUGAGAAUGAGGAUCUCACAGUAUAAAGCUCUCUGGUGACUUGUGACGAUAGUGUCAGGACAGUGAGCAAGCACAGCUUGAUUCCACAUAAAACGUGAUUCCUUAUGGUGGCAAGAUCUUCUUGACCUUGUUAAACAGAUUAAAGAGAAAAGGUGUGGGUGUAUAAAAUAUCAAAGCAUUUAAAUAUUAGGACACUGACGGAUGAUAUGCGGGACAAAUUUGCCAGUAUAAGAAUUCCAGGGGGCAAGAAAGAGAGACCUCCUCUUCCCAACCUGAAGACUGCAUUUGCAAGCAAUGAUUGCUCAUCAGCAUCUUUAGAGGUGAUGGAAAACAUUCCAAAGCCACUGUCAGAGAAUGAACUCUUAGACCUUUUUGAAAAGAUGAUGGAAGAUAUGAAUUUAAAUGAAGAUAAAAAGGCACCAUUGCGGGAAAAGGACUUCAGUAUCAAAAAAGAAAUGGUGAUGCAGUACAUUAAUACUGCUUCUAAGACAGGAAGUCUUAAGCGUAGCCGACAGAUCUCACCUCAGGAAUUCAUUCAUGAGCUAAAAAUGGGAUCUGCAGAUGAGAGACUUGUCACGUGCUUAGAGUCCCUUCGAGUGUCUUUGACCAGUAAUCCUGUAAGUUGGGUGGAAAGCUUUGGACAUGAGGGGCUCGGAUUAUUACUAGACAUUUUGGAAAAACUGAUUGGUGGAAAAAUCCAAGAAAAAGUUGUAAAGAAAAAUCAACACAAAGUCAUACAGUGUCUAAAAGCCCUGAUGAAUACACAGUAUGGUUUGGAAAGAAUUAUGAGUGAAGAGAGGAGUCUUUCCUUAUUGGCCAAAGCCAUGGAUCCCACGUACCCCAAUAUGAUGACAGAUGUGGUUAAACUUCUCUCUGCAAUGUGCAUUGUAGGGGAGGAAAGCAUCCUUGAAGAAGUUUUAGAAGCUUUAACUUCAGCUGGUGAAGAAAGAAAAAUUGACAGAUUUUUUCCUAUUGUGGAAGGCCUUCGACACAAUUCAGUUCAACUGCAAGUAGCUUGUAUGCAGCUCAUCAAUGCCCUUGUUACAUCUCCUGAUGAUUUGGACUUCAGGCUUCACAUCAGAAAUGAAUUUAUGCGUUGUGGAUUGAAAGAGAUAUUGCCAAAUUUAAAAGGCAUUAAGAAUGAUGGCCUGGAUAUCCAACUUAAAGUCUUUGAUGAGCAUAAGGAAGAAGAUUUGAUUGAGUUUUCCCAUCGCCUUGAAGAUGUUAGAGCUGAACUUAAUGAAGCAUAUGAUGUUUACAACAUGGUGUGGAACACAGUUAAGGAAACUAGGGCAGAGGGAUAUUUUAUUUCUAUUCUUCAGCAUCUUUUGCUGAUUCGAAAUGAUUAUUUUAUAAGGCAACAGUACUUCAAAUUAAUUGAUGAGUGUGUAUCCCAGAUUGUAUUGCAUAGAGAUGGCAUGGAUCCAGACUUCACAUAUCGAAAAAGAUUAGAUUUAGAUUUAACACAAUUUAUAGAUUUUUGUAUAGAUCAAGCAAAACUAGAAGAAUUUGAAGAGAAAGCAUCAGACCUUGGCAAGAAAUUUGAAAAAGAGUUUACUGACCACCAAGAAACUCAGGCUCAAUUGCAGAAAAAAGAGGCAAAGAUUAAUGAGCUUCAAGCAGAGUUACAAGCUUUUAAAUCUCAGUUUGGUGACUUGCCAGCUGAUAGGAAUAUUCCUUUGCUCCUGUCAAAAGAAGAUGGAACUGGCCACCCAGGACUUCCUCCUCCCCCUCCACUGCCCUCUUGUGGAGGGGUGCCGCCUCCUCCCCCUCCCCCUCCUCCACUUCCAGGAAUGCCUAUGCCAUUUAGUGGUCCUGUGCCUCCACCACCUCCCCUGGGAUUUCUUGGUGGAGGAAACUUUCCUCCUCCACCAACUCUGCCAUUUGGGUUGAAACCCAAGAAAGAAUUUAAACCUGAAAUCAGCAUGAGAAGAUUGAAUUGGUUAAAGAUCAGACCUGAUGAAAUGACAGAAAACUGUUUCUGGAUAAAAGUCAAUGAAAACAAGUAUGAAAAUAUGGAUUUGCUUUGUAAACUUGAGAAUACAUUCUGUUGCCAACAAAAAGAAAGAAGAGAAGAAGAAGAUUUUGAAGAGAAGAAAGCUAUUAAGAAAAAAAUUAAAGAACUUAAAUUUCUAGAUUCUAAAAUUGCCCAGAACCUUUCAAUCUUCCUGAGCUCUUUUCGGGUGCCAUAUGAGGAAAUCAAAAUGAUGAUAUUGGAAGUAGAUGAAACUCAGUUGGCAGAGUCUAUGAUUCAGAAUUUAAUAAAGCAUCUUCCUGAUCAAAAGCAAUUGAAUUCAUUGUCUCAGUUCAAGAGUGAAUAUAACAACUUAUGUGAACCCGAACAGUUUGCUGUUGUGAUGAGCAAUGUGAAGAGACUACGGCCACGGCUCAGUGCUAUUCUCUUUAAGCUUCAGUUUGAAGAGCAGGUGAACAACAUCAAACCUGACAUCAUGGCUGUCAGUACUGCCUGCGAAGAGAUAAAGAAGAGCAAAAGCUUUAGCAAGUUGCUGGAACUUGUAUUGCUAAUGGGAAACUACAUGAAUGCUGGCUCCCGGAAUGCUCAAACCUUCGGAUUUAACCUUAGCUCUCUCUGUAAACUAAAGGACACAAAAUCAGCAGAUCAGAAAACAACACUACUUCAUUUCCUGGUAGAAAUAUGUGAAGAAAAGUACCCUGAUAUCCUGAAUUUUGUGGAUGAUUUGGGACAUUUAGACAAAGCUAGUAAAGUCUCUGUAGAAACGCUGGAAAAGAAUUUGAAGCAGAUGGGAAGGCAGCUUCACCAGCUUGAAAAGGAUUUGGAAACCUUUCCCCCUCCUGAGGACUUGCAUGACAAGUUUGUGACAAAGAUGUCCAGCUUUGUUAUCAGUGCAAAAGAACAAUAUGAGAAACUUUCAAAGUUACAUGAAAACAUGGAAAAGUUAUACCAGACUGUAAUGGGAUACUUUGCCAUCGAUGUGAAGAAGGUGUCCGUGGAAGACUUCUUUACUGACUUGAAUAACUUCAGAACUACAUUCAUGCAAGCAAUAAAGGAGAACAUCAAAAAAAGAGAAGCAGAGGAAAAAGAAAAACGUGCCAGAAUAGCUAAAGAAUUAGCAGAGAAAGAAAGACUUGAACGCCAGCAAAAGAAAAAGCGCUUAUUAGAAAUGAAGACUGGUAUGGGGAGACACAAAGAGAUGGAGAUGGUCUUUAAGGGGCACCCAGCUGAGGGUGAUGAGACAGGAGUGAUGGAUAGUCUGCUAGAGGCCUUGCAGUCUGGGGCUGCCUUCCGCGACAGAAGGAAAAGGACACCGAAGCCGAAAGAUGUUCGGCAAAGUCUCAGUCCAAUGUCUCAGAGGCCUGUUCUGAAAGUUUGUAACCAUGAAAAUCAGAAAGUGCAGUUGACAGAAGGGUCACGUUCACACUGCAAUAUCAAUUGCAACUCAACAAGGACUCCAGUCGCCAAGGAGCUUAAUUAUAAUCUAGACACUCAUACGUCUACAGGGAGGAUCAAGGCAGUUGAGAAGAAGGAAGCCUGUAAUGUAGAAAGCAACAGAAAAAAGGAAAUGGAACUUCUUGGCUCUGUUUCUAAAAACGAAUCAGUUCCUGAAGUUGAAGCCCUGCUGGCAAGAUUACGAGCUUUAUAAGUUAAACUGGUAAAAAAUGAUUAAGCUAAAUAUAAAGCCAUGCUCUAAGCUAUAACACUUGAAAAAAUUGCUUUUAUAUAAGUGACUUUAUAGUUUUAAAUUAUGAUAUAUAUUAGAAAAGUAAAGCUAAAUACAUGAUUGCAAUGCUUUUUCUAUAAACUUGAGGGUUUGCUUUAUUUAAGAUUGUAAUGGGUUUAAUGCUUUUUUUGUCUCCUGGUAUUCAUCUGUUCUAUAUUUGGUAGUUAAAUUAUACAUAUUGCUUUAGAGAGCAGGUAGGUGGCCAUGUGUUCAGCAAUGUGUCCUUAAGAAAAUACCAUCUUUCUAAGCCACCGGAAUUUUUACUAUAUUUAACAUUAAUGAAUGUCAAGUUAUCAGCCUCAACUCUAGCUACAUAUAUAUUCCAUGUGUAUUGUUUAUAAGGCUCAAGGUAAAACCUGGGAUUUACAUGCUACCAGCACAACAUCAGAAACAUGUAACUAAAUAUAUCAGAGCUAGCUAUCAAAUAAGGAAAUGACAGGUAACCCCAUUAUCAUCAUUGUGGAAUUCUUAGUAAGUAGACCCUGUGGGAGACUAUAAGGCAAUUGAGCACAUUUUUUCCAAAAAUGAUGCAAUAAGAAUGUACAUACUCUCUUUGCAAAAUGUAUGAGCUUUUGUGUGAAGUGGGUAAUACAGUUAUUACAGUGCUGCCAAAACUCUUGGUCUUAGCUGAGAGAGUAUUUUUCCCCUGGUAAUUAUGACUCUUGGAUAAAAUUGACAUUUUGAAACUUACCAAGUAACAAAAUUUUUGAUUUCUAUGAACAAACCUGGAAUUACAAUUUCUCUGAUCUGACAAUCAAUAACUUUAACAAAUAUCUAAAUAUAUGUUUCAAGGAAAGUUUUCAUAUGCAAAUGUAAUUUUACCUCAUUUGGGCAUCAUUGCUCUGUUAAUUUCAUAUCAAAGAAAAUAAACUUGCUACUUGCACUCAAUGAAA